AUGCGACUCCAAAAAUUUCAACGUGGCAAUUUUGACCUUGAUGAUCAAGAAGGUCGCGGACAUCCUUCUGCUAUUGAUGACAAUGAAUUGAAGGCUCUGGUGGAAGCAGAUACAUGCACAACUGUUCGAGAACUUGCAAAAGAACUUGGGGUAAGUAUAUCAACUGUUUCUGAUCAUCUGAAGAAGAUUGGAAAGUCGAAGAAGCUCGACAAAUGGGUGCCGCACGAAUUGAAUGAGAAUCACAGAAAUCACUAUUUUGAAGUGUCAUCGGCGCUUCUUUUUCACAACCAGAACAACCCGUUUCUCGACCGUAUUGUGACGUGCGACAAGAAAUGGAUGCUCUAUGAUAACCGGCAACUAUCGGCUCAGUGGUUGGACCGCGAUGAAGCUCUGCAGCACUUCCCAUAGCCGAAUCUGCACCAAAAGAAGGUCAUGCUGACUGUCUGGUGGUCUGCUGCUGGUUUAAUCCAUCACAGCUUCCUGAAUCCAGGUGAAACGAUCACGGCAGAGAAGUACGUCCAGUAAAU